CCCCGGGGUCGCACGGAGGGGCUGGUGGGGGCAAACCGGGGGCUGAUCCCUUUGCAGGUCACCAACUCCCCCGUCUCAGCACCGCUGUGGGGGCUGGCGCCAUGUUCGGCUCAUCCCGAGGCGGGGUCCGGGGGGGCCAGGACCAGUUCAGCUGGGAGGAUGUCAAGACGGACAAACAGCGUGAAAACUACCUGGGGAAUUCCCUGAUGGCACCGGUAGGCCGGUGGCAGAAGGGGAAGGACCUGACCUGGUACACCAAGGGCAAGAAGGAGACGGCCCCCACGUUGUCCCGCGAGGAAGAGCUGGCUGCUGUCCGCCUGGCCGAGCAAGAGGCCAUGAUGGCAGCCCUGGGCUACAAGAACGUGAAGAGGCAGCCCACCAGCCUCAGCAAGGAGGACCUGGCCGAGGUGUGCAAGCGGGACAAUGCCGAGCGGGACAAGAAGGACGUGGACCGCGUGGUGGGCUUGGGCAGCUCCAGCAGCAGCGCUGGACGGGUGAUGCUCUCCAAGGAGGACAGGGAGGCAGCCAAGAUGGGGCUCUCCAUCUUCACGCACCAGAAAGUCUCCAGCAGCCCGGAGACAUCUGGCUCCAAGAGGAAGCAGGAAAAGGAGGAGAAGGUGGAGGAGAAACGACCAGAGGGUGUCAAGAAAUCCAAAAAAGAGAAAAAGAAGAAGAAGAAACAUAGGAAGGAGAAAAAGAAGGAGAAGUAUCACAAGAGGGAUGCUGCCUCAUCAUCCUCCGAUUCUUCUCUGGACCGGAGUGAGAGGCACCACCGGAAGAAAGCCCAGCAGCGCCCCGAGACCUGGCGGCAGGGCAGCCACCGGCAGCACGACGCGGGUUCCUCUGACAGCAGCUGCGGUUCGGGCAGGAGCCCCCCACGCCGCUCUGCCCACUGCCGGAGUCAGAGUCAGGAUGGCCACGGUCGGCACAAGGCAAGGAAGAGGAGCAGGAGCAGGUCGGAGGACUGA